AAGAAGAAGAAGACGACACUCGAGCUCCUGCAGACUGUUGUUUAGAUGAAACUGAUGAAUUUAUCUCAAUGAAUCGUCAAAUAAUACUUUUUUAAACAUUAGUUCACAUGUUAACGCGUCUUUGAGCUUUAACAACUCACCGACCGAGCGUGUGUGAAUGAAUGAAGACAGUUUGAACAUCUGAUUCACAUUGAACACACACGAUUAGAGCUGAUAAUGUUCACAGAUAUGGACUAUGAGCUGCAGGAGGACAAACUGUGAAGAAAGAAGAAUAAGGUGGCAUAUAAAGAGGGAACAACUCCAAGUGUAACAGCUGAAGUCUAUUGACAUACUAUUGCAACAGUGAAGACAUGAGUGAUCUAAAACCAUGCAGAAUAAAAAUUGAAGAUACUGAGGAACAAAUAGACCUGAUGGAGGUGAAAGAGGAAAGUCAAGAACUAAAUGACAUAGAUCAGAAACACCAUCAGCAUCCUAAAUCUAAUAAUUCAAUAACUGAUGAAGAAUCUAUUAUUUGCUUAAAGAAUGAAAGGAAUUUCUCACAAAAAAGCACUCAGAGAACAAGAGCCAAAUAUUCUUUCAUCUGCCCUCACUGUGGAAAGAGAUUCACAAAAAAAGCAUCUCUAAAGAGGCACCUGAGAAUUCACACUGGAGAGAAACCUUUCACAUGCACUCAGUGUGGAAAGAGUUUCAGAGUAAAGAAAACCCUUCAGGGUCACAUGAAAAUCCACACUGAAGAGAAGCCCUUCACAUGCACUCAGUGUGGAAAUUGUUUUACACGAAAAGGAAGCCUUAGGGAACACAUGAGAAUUCACACGGGAGAGAAGCCUUUCACAUGCACUCAGUGUGGAAAUUGUUUUACACGAAAAGGAAGCCUUAGGGAACACAUGAGAAUUCACACGGGAGAGAAGCCUUUCACAUGCACUCAGUGUGGAAAGAGUUUCACACAAAAAGGAGAUCUAAAGAAGCACCUAAGAAUUCACACCGGAGAGAAGCCUUUCACAUGCACUCAGUGUGGAAAAAGUUUCACACAAAAAGGAGAUCUAAAGAAUCACCUGAUAAUUCACACUGGAGAGAAGCCUUUCACAUGCACUCAGUGUGGAAAGAGUUUCACAAAAAAAAACCUUAUAAAGAGGCACCUGAGAAUUCACAAUGGAGACAAGAUUUUAGAUCUAAAGAGACACCUGAGAAUUAACACUGGAGAGAAGCUUUUCACAUGCACUCAGUGUGGAAUGAGUUUCACACAAAAAGCAUCUCUAAAGAGGCACCUGAGAAUUCACACUGGAGAGAAGCCUUUCACAUGCACUCAGUGUGGAAAGAGUUUCACACAAGCAGGAAACCUUAAGAUUCACCUGACAGUUCACACCGUGGAUCAGCUUUUCACCUGCCUUCAGUGUGGAAAGAGUUUCACUGUAAAGAAAACCCUUCAGGAACACAUGAAAAUCCACACUGAAGGGAAGCCCUUCACAUGCACUCAGUGUGAAAAGAGUUUCACACAAAAAGGAAACCUUAAGGAACACAUGAGAAUUCACACUGGAGAGAAGCCUUUUACAUGCCCUCAGUGUGGAAAGAGUUUUACACAAAAAGGAAGCCGUAAAAAACACAUGAGAAUUCACACUGGAGAAAAGCCUUUCACAUGCCUUCCGUGUGGAAAGAGUUUCACACGAAAAGGAAGCCUUAAGGAACACAUGAGAAUUCACACGGGAGAGAAGCCUUUCAUAUGCACUCAGUGUGGAAAGAGUUUUACAAAAAAAGGAAGCCUUAAGGAACACAUGAGAAUUCACACUGGAGAGAAGCCUUUCACAUGCCCUCAGUGUGGAAAUAGUUUUACAAAAAAGGCAGAUCUAAAAAGGCACCUGAAAAUUCACACUGGAGAGAAGCCUUUCACAUGCACUCAGUGUGGAAAGAGUUUCACAGUAAAGAAAACCCUUCAGGAUCACAUGAAAAUCCACGCUGAAGAGAAACCUUAGAAGUGUUCACAUUGUGAAAAGUGUUUCAUGAUGUCAGAAAAUCUGAGAACCCAUGAGACAGUGCAUACUGGAGAGAAGCCAUACCACUGCACUUCAUGUGGAAAGAGUUUCAUUUAAUCAAGUAUUCUACUCUCAUCUAAGAAAGUGUUGUCCAAAGUUGUCAUCCUGAGCAAAGACCAUUUUCAGGGUAGACUCUUUCAGGUAAACGCUGUGAAAUUCAGAUAAUCACAAAGAUGAAAUUUCAUAAUCAGAAACUACAUUGGAACUGGCAAUAGCAGCACAAAUGGAGAUUGCACCAGUUUGAUCAUGCAUGCGUUUUCACUAGCCAAAAUCCCACACCCAACAAAAAGUGAUAAAGGUACUGGAGACUGUUACUGCAUGCAUUUCUUUGGAAAUUUUAUUUGAACGAGAAAGAUAUGAGUUUAGCAGGACAGAAGACAUUGUCCAUAAUUCAUGGAAGUCUAGACUUUAAACCCAUUCAUUCUAAAUUGUACUUACCUUUAUGAAAGUUUACCUUUGUUCUUCCAUUGCUUAAGAGUGGCAUUUCUAAUAAUAAGUCCAAAACUACUGGUAAGACCAUGGACGGCUCUAUAUUACCAUGGUUAUAAUCUUUAUAAAAAAAAAAUUAAAAAAAUAAUAGCCCAAAUACUGUUUAGAUAUUAGUUAAAUGCAAGAACACUGCUUUUUUUUGUUGUUGUUGUUGCUGUUAUUGCUUUUACAAGUGCUGUGUAAUGUGUAUUUACUCUGAAAUUUUACUAGAAUACUUACUAAACUUGCUGUACUAAACUUUACCAUGUUUAUUUUCCUUGCAUGUAACCUUAGAACUAUUCCUUAUAAGUUUGAUAUAGUGUACCUUGUUUGAAAUGCUUAUAAUCUAGUACAUUUGAAUGUUCAGUAGAUGGCUUCGAUGUAUUAGUUUUGAGCUGAAAUUAAGUAGCCUUGUGUGUGUACAGUUGAAGUCAGAUGUUUAUAUACACUUAGGUUGAAGUCAUUAAAGCUCAUUUUUUAACCACUCCACAGAUUUCAUAUUAGCAAACUAUAGUUUGGGCAAGUUGUUUAGGACUCCUAGAGAUGAACGUAGUUUGGUGCGAAAAGUGCAAAUCAAUCCCAGAACAACAGCAAUGGACCUUCUGAAGAUGCUGGAGGAAACAAUUACAAGUAUCUAUAUCCAGAGUAAAACAAGUCCUAUAUUGACAUAAUCUUUAUUGUGAGAAGCUUGUGGAAGGCUACCCAAAAUGUUUGACUCAAGUUAAACAAUUUAAAGGCAAUGCUACCAAAUACUAACGAAGUGUAUACAAACUUCUGACCCACUGGAAAUGUGAUUAAAUAAAUAAAACCUGAAAUAAAUCAUUCUCUCUACUAUUAUUCUGACAUUUCACAUUCUUUUGUUUUUAUUUAUUUUCUCCUCAAUUUGGAAUGCCCAGUUCCCAAUGCGCUCUUAAGUCCUUGUGGUGGUGUAGUAACUCAUGUGGCUUAUUGAGCACGUUACCGCGGAGAUGUAGCGUGUGUGGAGGCCCACGCUGUUCUUAGCGUCAUCCACGCACAACUCACCACGUGCACCACCGAGAGCGAGAACCACACAUUAUAGUGACCACAAGGAGGUUACCCCAUGUGACUCUACCCUCCCUAGCAACCGGGCCAAUUUGGUUGCUUAGGAGACCUGGCUGGAGUCACUCAGCAUACCCUGGAUUCGAACUCGUGACUCUAGGGGUGGUAGUCGGCGUCGAUACUCGCUGAGCUACCCAGGCCCCGACAUUUCACAUUCUUAAAAUAAAUUAGUGAUCCCAACUAACCUAAGACAGGGAAGGUUUUCUACAAUUAAAUGUCAGGAAUUGUGAAAAACUGAAUUUAAAUGUAUUUGGCUAAGGUGCAUGUAAACUUCUGACUUCAACUGUACUUCCUGAUCUACAAUGCAUCCGGAAAGUAUUCACAGCGCUUCACUUUUUCCAAAUUUU